GGCAAGUGCCCAGUUCUCUCAGUUCCAUGCAACCUGUAGGUGUUGGUAGCAACUGUCAUCAACAAUGUUCAAGACAGGCAGCGUGAUGUUGGGUAACGUCCUCGCCCUGCUUCUUGUGGCCACGUGCAGUGUGGUACCCGCGAUAGCCAGCAGGGUGGAACGACAAGCACCGAACCUGUCGUGUCAGGGUAACGGAGUGUUCCCUCACCCCACUGACUGCUCCAAGUUCCUCAACUGCUGGGAUGGACAGCCAACGGUGCAGGACUGCGGACCAGGCCAGGGCUUCGUUCCAGAGAGUCGUGUGUGUGGCUACGUCCCCAACUGCCAGGCCAGAGGCGGAGGAUCCAGUAUGGCUGACCAGGCCUGCGGUCAGGUGCGGGGUCGAGCUGGCGAGGCGGUGCUGGCGCCGCACCCCCAGUACUGCAACGUCCACUUCAUCUGCGACAAUGGCCAUGGCAACCAGCCCUGCGUCGUGUGUGCCCUCGGCACUGUCUUCUCAGCUGCCAACUUGACGUGCGUGACCCCAGAAGGCUUUGGGCCGGCCUACCUCAACUCGCUGAGUGUCUCGCGCCCUGAGGACCUCAUCAACUCCAUCGAGCAGAUCGUGCGCACGUCCCGCGAGUGCUCAUCCAACCAGUACGUGCAAUUCCGUGACGUCACCACCUUCCGCCUCAACGACCCCACGUGCGGGACUCCUCUGUCCCAGCAGACCCCGGGGCCAAACCGCAUCACCACCACGAGGCCCGGCUGGUGAUGAGGGCGUCCAUGCGGGUGUCCGAGUCUGUACAGAUGUCAGUGUUGCACUAGGACUUCAUGUACCGACCACAAGGUCUAGCGAUACAUAUCGACCACAAGGUCUAGCGAUACAUAUCGACCACAAGGUCUAGCGAUUGAAUGGUCUUUUUGUCAUGUACUUCAACUGAUGGAAGCUUUCUAGAGUUCCUAGUUUAUGAAUGUUUGUUUACAAAGAGCAAUUUGAUAAGGACUGCACGAGCACGCUGUCACCUGAAGGUCGCCGAUACCUAUCGUAUCUACAGCUUCUAUACUUCCUGAAGUCUUCAACGCAUGUCAUCAAACUGAAAUGUCGCAUUAAAACAUUUUAACUUUUCA